GCCGGUGUGCGAGUGAAAUUUUACAUUGUGGCCAAGGUGACACCGUACCCUAACAUGACCUAUUCCGGAAGGAAUAAAUUCGAAAUAUCCCGGUUUUCGGGUGAAGAUGACAAUCACAUAAACAAGAAACUGCCCAAGGAAUUGCUAUUGAAGAUACUGUCCUACUUGGAUGUCGUCUCAUUAUGCAGAUGUGCACAGGUUUCAAAGCUAUGGAACAUCCUCGCCUUAGAUGGAUCCAACUGGCAAAGGAUAGAUUUAUUCGAAUUUCAGAGAGACGUUGAGGGACCAGUAAUAGAGAAUAUAUCGCAAAGAUGUGGUGGUUUUCUCAGGCAACUGUCGCUACGAGGUUGUGAGAGUAUAGCCGACGGUUCCAUGAAAACUUUGGCUCAAUCUUGUCCGAACAUAGAAGAUUUGAACCUGAAUAAAUGCAAGAAAGUAACAGAUCAGACUUGCCAAGCUUUGGGCAGGAGGUGCAACAAAUUACAAAGGAUAAACCUUGAUUCAUGUCCUAGCAUAACAGACAUAUCUUUGAAGGCGUUAGCUGAUGGAUGUCCCCUUUUGACACACGUAAAUGUGUCUUGGUGCCAAUCUAUUACUGAAAAUGGCGUAGAAGCAUUGGCCAGGGAAUGCCCUAAACUAAAGAGCUUCAUAUGUAGAGGCUGCAAGAAUGUAAAUGAUAGGGCUGUUUCCUGUCUAGCAACGUACUGUCCCAAUUUGGAGGUGCUCAAUGUGCAAGGAUGUGAUAGUCUGACCGACGAGUCCAUAUCCCGUUUGGGACCGGCGAUGCGUCGCCUAUGCGUGUCCGGUUGUACACGUCUGACGGAUGCGUCUCUGUCCGCUCUAGCGGCGCGAUCUCCCGAUCUGGUCACACUAGAGCUGGCUCUGUGUAGUCAACUUACCGAUGCCGGCUUCCAGGCAUUAGCUAAGAGCUGUCGGUUACUGGAAAGAAUGGAUUUGGAGGAGUGUGUGUUAAUAACAGAUGCGACGUUGGUACAUCUAGCUAUGGGCUGUCCGAGAUUGGAGAAGCUGACAUUAUCACACUGCGAACUGAUAACCGACUACGGUAUCAAACAGUUGUCGAUGUCGCCUUGCGCAGCGGAACAUCUUACUGUUCUGGGCCUGGAUAACUGUCCGUUAGUGACGGACGAUGCGUUAGAACACCUCACAUCCUGUCACAACUUACAGCUGAUAGAAUUGUAUGACUGUCAGCUUGUCACUAGAAAUGCUAUACGAAAAUUAAGGAACCAUUUGCCGAAUAUAAAGGUGCACGCAUACUUCGCGCCAGUAACGCCCCCUGUGGCGGGCGGCGCCACCAGACCACGCUACUGCCGAUGCUGCAACAUCAUAUGAACUAACACAUAAUAAACGGUUAAGUUUAGUGUGUAAUCGAAAGCCGUGAGGCAAAACAGGAUGAGUGGGCGCCUCUACUACGCAACAAGCGAUAGGGAGGCACAGCAUGUGACAUCCGCGAUCACAGGGUCGGAAUUAUCGAUAAAACUUGAUAAAACCACAUAACACAGUAAUCGAUCACUAUCGAAUCGACUUAUUAUCGAUCCGAGUUACUAUACUUAUGUACUAACCAAAUAUUAUCACAGGUUUAUAUUUAAAUAUACAGUAUUUUUUGUAUAAUACGACAAUUUGGCUAUUUUUGCCACAAUGACUAUCAUGAGUUUACCAAACUGAAAUUAUGUAGUAAUUGAGUAUUAGCUAUUCGUUGUACAUCUAAUGUCAACUUAUGCAAUAAAAAAUUUCUACUCUUUGGUAUACGGAUGUUUUUUUAUACAUACUCAUGAUGGAGGUUUAGAGUUUAUUCUCUUAUUUGUUAACUUGAUAAAAUUAUAUGAUUAUAUCAAUGUAAUCAUUUAAAGAUGUGUACUGCUAAUCAAAAUUAAUGGAAUUAUUUAAUCGUAGAAAUAUCGACAAAGUUAUAUGUCGAUACUCAGACAACACUAUUAACGAAGCACAGGUGUUUAUCGAUAUGGCGGGUGAAGAUGGUGUGAUAAUAAAACAUCUGUACAAUAAUAAUUGUAAUUAUUAUAUAAGCCAUUAAUGUAAAUUACGAUGAAUGCAUUUAUUUUCGAAAAUAUCUUCGACAAGCAAACGGUCAAUGAUUUUUGUUUUUAACUAAGUUAAAUAGUGGCAUGCCUUAUUAUCCCAUUAAUGUUUCUUAGUAUAUUAAAGGUUGAUCUAUAUUUAACAAUUUGUCACAGCCUGACAUAUUAAUAUCGAUGUCACUAAUCCACCCUAGCGAUUAAUAAGAGAAGUAAAACAUAUUAAAUCUAAGUACAAAUAUGAUUAACCUUCAGUUGUUGUUGAUUCAUAAACCUUAACAUUUUUUAUUAUAACAUAACAUUAUUCAUAACAUUUUUUAGUCACAUGAUUUACUGACAUGAAAUCAAAAAAUAAACAUUAUUAUCAAACAGAAACAAAUAGUACUGCUUCAAUAGAGAUUGUAUUGAUAAUAAACUACUGAAUGCACACUUUGAAUUAUGACGUAACGUAACGCAAAGGAUUUAUUAUAAGGUGUGCCAUCUUGGCUCAGCAGUGGCGCCAUUUUGGCUCAGCGGCGUCGUUAUACUCAUAAGAUACCGCUACGCUUUAUUGCCAAAAGGCAAACACAAAAUCGAUAACACAAAAGUGUUCAGUUAAUUAAUUACAUUUAUAAAUAUUUUGUCAUAAACAUUGUCUACUUAAUAACAAGACACCGACAAGUAAUAUUGUAACUAUCAUAGAGGAAAUAGCGUCGUUUUACCAAUAGCACAGUAGAGCUAAAAAAAUAUUUUCAAAUUACUUAUUGUCAUUUCUAAAAUCAAAAAUACGAUGUGAGAAUUAUUAUGUGGAUACGGAAAAGUCGUCAAUACUUCCAUUCCCAAAUUAUUCACAUUUAAAUACCAAUUUGUACAGUUUUCAACUGAAUAAAGACUCGGAAUUAAGGUGCAACUGGAUUUUUACUUUAUCUUAUUAGCCACAAAUACAAGUUUACAUGGAGCCUUACUUAUGCUAAAAAUAAAGAUAGCUGGAAAAAUCUAUAAGCUGAAAUAUGAUGUUUUAGGUAAAAUUACGCAAGUAAAAAAUAUGUAGUACAAUAAUUAAAUAUAGCCCAUAGUCCAUAUACGGCUCCAGUGGCAUAUGAAAAAAAAGAAAUGACGCGAUUUUCCACUUCCUGUAAUUCAUCAUUAAUUAAUAACCACAUUUUAAUUAAUAAAAACUACAAAGUAAAACGAGGGAUUAACACGUGCUGCUUCCAUGGAACUAAGAUAUUUUUCCACAUAUAACAAAAAAAAUGUUAUUUUCUUUAGUCAAUGUUCAAUUCAUACAUGCAUAAAAAGUUAAGCUAUUUCAAUAUUUCAUUACAAUACAUGGUAUAUAUGAAUGUACUAAUUGUUAAUAUAAUCUUGUUUGAAAUGCUUAUUUUUGUCAUAACAAGAAAUAUAACAGUGAAUAAUUUAGAGGUACAGUCUAAUAGAAGAAAUUAUUCCAACGAUUGUACCCGCCUUAUUCGAUUAAUAUAAGUGUCAUAUUCGAUGUUAAAUAGUUAUUCUUGUCGUGAAAAUAUCGAUAUAGAUAUUUUAAAUUUAUUGAUUGGUGUGCACCACUAAUAUGUGAUAGUCUUUUAUAAUGAUUGAAACUGGCAAGGUUUUUGAAGCUUUAAGGAGAUGGAAUGUGUCGGUCUGUCUCUUUUGUUCAAGUAAUUUGUUAAGGUUAGAAAAGGACAGAUAUAUAUAUAUAUACGUACAUAUAUGAUGGUUUCUUGUUUCAAAAUUGGUUUUCACAUCGGUUUCUGCUAUGAUCUUUUAUGUAUAUACUUUUGUAUAACAAAUGCAUGCAAUAAUGUCUAUACAUUUUUUUCUCGUAACUGGAAAAUACGCAAUAGAAAUAUGUAUUAAGGGAUAUUUCACUGCCUCUAAUUAAAAUAUUUUCUAAUAAAUUCAUAUAAAUGAUGUUUGUUAGAUUAUCCAUAAUAUUGAUAUCUUUUUGGUUGUGAAAUAGGCCCAUAUAGUGGUAUUAAUAAACGAUGAGACUCCACCUAAUAUUAGUCAAAAUUCAUAUUAUUAAACAGAGACUUAGCGAAUGUUAAUCUAGUACGAGGUUUAACGGGAGUAAUAUUAACUCAUAGAUGGUAGUAGGUUUGCUUAUUCUCUGUAUAAUAUGAAUUUGGAUUAAUUCUAAAAUUGCAAUUUUAGCGUAAAUUUACUCUGACGCUAAACCUUGUGAUUAAUUAAUAGCACUGUAAGAGUAUUGGAAAAAGAGAAGAGACAUUUUUGUGAUUUCAUUUGUUCUAAAGAUGACUUUUUUGAUCGAGGUUUAUGUUUAUUUGUCGCAAGUCGUUGUAAUAUGACGCUUUACUAGGGAAAAUGUUUAAGUAUUUUACACUCAAAUACUAUUUAGAUAUAUGAAAUACCGUGUUCAUCAAAAAUUAAUGUUAAACGCUAUAUUUUUUUAAUUUGCUAUGUCUUAGACGAUAGUCUUAAGUCUGAAAAAGUUAGUCGACUGAACAAUGAUUAACACGAAACGUGUAUUUCGACAAGCGAAAAUGAGUUUUUUUACGAGCGCAUUAAAGCUAUUUUGGAUAUCAAGAGGUGCGCUUUGGUAAAUGACCUGACGAUAUGUCAAAAUAAACUCGUUCAAUAAAACAACUACGUAAUUUUAUUUUUCCGAAAUAAUAAGAUAUAUUUUUAAACUUUAUAGAUAAAAUAUCCAAACUAAGAAGUAUAAUAUAAAUGGGAUUUCUUUUCGUUGUAGUAUAUUUUUUUAUAUGGAGAUAGUUGUGAGAGUAGAGUUAAUUAUGCCUAUGUACACUUUUUACUGCGAAUAAACUCGUAUCGACUCUCGAUCAAAGGAAAGAUCAUAUGGACGAAAUGGCGGGCAGUAGUGAAAAUAAAUUAGGAUAUUUAUUGGUAUCAAAUAAAAAAAUGACGAGUGAGUUACGUCGUUGUUCUGUUGGAACACCGUAAGAAAUUUCGCAGUUUUGAUUUUGAACCAAUACUUUGGUUUUAUGAUAUUAGUUUAUGUAUUUAUAGUGUACAUUAUGUUUAUAUGGAUUGGAUUAUGUAUAUUUUUUAAUGUAUCUAAACAAUGCCGCCUAAAUUGUAUAGUUUUUUUUAAGAUUGUUCAGUCAACUGACUCUGCUGAAUGUGAUCUGUGUUGCCUUUAGUAAAUAGAGUAUUGACAGACUAGUGAUACUUACUUUUUAUAUUAAGAAUUGUUCGUUUGAGCUUUUGAAUAUGGAUAAGAAACGUUGAUUUUUCUUUUAAAUUGGGUUAUCAGUAUUGUCAAUUUUCUCUAAUUAUAAACUAUGAAAUGUUUAGAUUUAAGUUCAUUGAUUGGAGAAUUUUGACAUUUUAUAGUGACCUAAAUGUGUUGCUGUGUGUACAUUAUGAAGGAGUUCAGUAGUGGUCAAUGAUUUGUCAUAUCAUUUAAGGUAAUAAGAUGUAUGUAAUUGAUGGGAAAUCUGUCAAUAUUCUUUUACAAUGGUUAGAAUUUGAUCAAUGUUACAUACGUUAUUCUAUAUUAUUCUAGUGUGAUUAUUACACUAAACUGUAUUUACAAGACUUAUCAUUGAAUAAAAAAUGUUCAUGGG